GUCAUGAACUAUAAUCAUUAUUGAUCAACUUAGCCAUCAAACGACAACAAAUACUUUAAUAUAGCAACACGUUUUUUGUUCACACUAUAAAAAUUAUAACAUUAAUUUACUUAAGAGAACGAACGAAGGAAUCCAAAAGUAGUAAAACAAUGACGAAAAGGGCGGUGCUGAUAGGCUGCAAUUACCCGGGCACCAAGGCGGAGCUGAAGGGCUGUAUUAACGACGUGCGGCGGAUGCACCGCUGCCUGCUCGACCGAUAUGGUUUUCCGGCGGAACACAUCGUUGUGCUCAUAGAUACGGAGGGUAGCGCCGACGCGCAGCCCACCGGCAAGAACAUACGCGCCGCUCUUUCCGACAUGGUGGCCUCCGCCGUGCCCGGCGAUAUCCUGUUCGUGCACUACAGCGGCCACGGCACCCGCCUCCCCGCCGACGAUGACGACACCGGCUAUGAUGAGUGCAUUGUCCCCACUGACAUGAAUCUCAUCACUGAUGACGAUUUCAGAGAGCUGGUUAACAAAGUGGCGGAGGGCUGCCGGAUUACCAUCGUCUCCGACUCCUGCCACAGCGGCGGCCUAAUCGACAAGGCCAAGGAGCAGAUCGGCGAGAGCACGAGGCGAAAGAAGAAAGCACAAGGCAACGGAAAAUGCUCGGGAUCAUUCAAGAAGUUGCUGUGCACAGAUGCCCACAAAGAAGAAGAAGUAGAAGUUGAGCAGCUCAUCACGAGCAAAUCCCUACCACUCUCGACUCUCAUCGAGAUACUGAAGCAAAAAACGGGCAAGCUGGACAUCAAAGUAGGCGAGCUGAGGCCGACCUUGUUUGACAUGUUCGGCGACGACGCCACCCCAAAGGUUAAGAAGUUGAUGAAAGUGGUGAUGAGGAAGUUUCUAGGCGGUGCCACAGAUGGUGGGAUCCUCAUCAGCGGAUGCCAAUCGGAUGAGACGUCGGCGGAUACGAUCCCCGAUGGCGACGAGAGACAUGCCUACGGCGUGCUAAGCAACGCGAUUCUGGACAUCAUCGCCGAGACCGGUGGUAAGGUGAGCAAUCGGAAGCUGGUGGUUAGGGCGAGGAAGCUGUUGAAGCAGCAGGGGUUCCCGCAGCACCCGGGCCUCUACUGCACUCAUCAACAUCUUCACGCUCGUUUUAUUUGCUGAUUUUUGUGUCGCCUGUUUUUCUGAGUGAAUUGAUGAUGUGCCAUUAAUUAAGGCUAUUGAUCUGAAAUUUGAAUAGAGAUUCAAAACUAUUAUUGUGUUUUGGGGAGAAAACUGGCUAUUGAUUUGAAAUUUAAACAGACAUUUAAAAUUAA